AUGCGCCUCACUCCAUUUUCAGGAAGGCUGGCCGUUCCCAAACCGGAGCAAUUGCUGCCCGCUGACCGGUGGAUGUUUAUCUGGCAGCGUUCCCCGCAGCUGGGGAGCGCUGGCAAUAUUGCUAGGAACGUGGAGUUUGGUAUUGUAUUUUUAUGGGGACUUCUGAGGUGCCAUUUCAUGUUUUUCUAUGUGUCUUUACAGGAACUGACAACAGCUUUGGAGAAGAAUCCAGAUGAUGCCGAAUAUUAUUGUCAACGAGCUUAUGCUCAUAUUCUUCUACAGAAAUAUGCUGAUGCAGUUGCAGAUGCAAAGAAGUCCCUAGAACUCAACCCCAGUAAUGCUGUAGCACUCCUUAGAAAAGGGUUAGGUGAAUAUCAUAUUAAAAACUAUGCAUCUGCUUUAGAGUCUUUCAGAGAGGGACAGAGGUUGGACAAUGUAGAUGAUACCUUUACUAUUUGGAUUAAAAGAUGUGAGGAAACACUAAACGGUAAGAGAAACCACAUUUACUUGAUAAGGGCAAAGAUCAAAUAUGACUGGUACCAAACAGAAUCUCAAGUAAUUGUGACUAUAAUGAUCAAGAAUGCGCAGAAGGAUGAUGUCAGUGUGCAGUUCUCGGAGAAAGAGAUGAAUGCAUCAGUGAGACUUCCAUCAGGUGAAGACUACAACUUAAGGCUUGUUCUUCUUCAUUCUAUAGUGCCAGAGCAAAGUACAUUUAAAGUGCUUUCAACAAAGGUUGAGAUAAAAAUGAAGAAGCCAGAGGCUGUAAGAUGGGAGAAGCUGGAGGGGCAGGGAGAUUCUCCUAAGUUAAAGCAAUUUACACCGGAUACCCAGCACUUAUAUCCAUCAUCCUCUCACUAUACGAGGAACUGGGACAAACUGGUAGUUGAAAUCAAAGAAGAGGAGAAGAAUGAGAAGUUAGAAGGAGAUGCUGCUUUAAAUAAACUCUUCCAGCAAAUUUAUUCAGAUGGUACAGAUGAAGUGAAACGUGCCAUGAACAAAUCGUUUAUGGAGUCUGGAGGCACAGUUCUGAGCACUAACUGGUCUGAUGUUGGUAAAAGGAAGGUAGAAGUAAAUCCUCCUGAUGACAUGGAAUGGAAAAAAUUCUAAUCCUAUUUUUAAUCUUUUACCAUCUAUGUGUUGCCAUAGUCAUGUACUGACCACUGUGUAUGGACAUAGCAUUCUUGGAUUCAAAGCACUGAAUGUUCCAUUGGAAACAGGAAUUGUCUUUGCAUUUUGCGUGCUUUAGAAAUUCCUUCAUCUGCAGAUGUUAAAAGAUAUACUCAAGAGUGGGACUCUAUUUUCAUCAUCUCUGUCUAAUUUUUGGAAAUUGAGUCAAUCACAGUCUAAAUUUUCUACUGCCUUUAUCAGCUCUGCUCUUUGGGGAUGGGGUGAUCUCUAAUGGGCUGGUCAGGAUUAUUACUUUAUGCCUGAUAUUUCUGUUCAAUAACUUAUUAGAUCUUGGCAACUUUGGUAAAAACACUUUUCAACAACAGUGUUAAAAUUGUUUGCUCUUUAACUCUGCUGAAUAAAACUGUAAAUAUAACUUUUUC